AUGUCAAAUAAUCAACAAUAUAAUACCAAAUGCCUAAAUCAUCCAUAUCAAGAUAUUAUCUCAAUAUGCUCAAAUUGUCCAAACAACAUUCCUGUCUGUAUUGAUUGUAUUACCGAGGAUCAUAAUGGCCAUAGUUUUAAAAAACUAAAUGAUAUAAAUUUUAGAAAUCAAAUACAACAUGAUUUUAAAAAUCAAACAAUUCCAAAACUAAACAACUAUUUAGAAAAUAAUAAAAAAAUAUUGGAUGAAUCAAAUAACCACUUUAAAGAAAUUCAAGAUAACCAUACAAAGAAUUUUGAUAAAGCUUUUAAUAUAUUUAAGGAAUUAAAAUAUAUUAUCAGUGCAAAAGAAAAUGAUAUCAAAAGAUUAUUAAUGACUGAAUUAGACCAAAAUACAGAUGUAAAAAAUAUAAUAACAACAACAAUAGAAAACAAUAAUAAUAUAAUUACUAAUGCUAUUAAAUAUAAUAAUGAUAUUAAUAAUAAUAAUAAUAUUAAUAAUGAAUUUAUUGAACUUUUAAAACACCAUCAUCAAUGUAACAAUCUUUUAUCAAAUAUAAAUAAUAAUAACUUUCCAGAAUAUAAAGAUACUCAAUUAAUAAUUAAACAAAAUAAUCUCUACUCAAUUAAAGAUCUAACAAACAGUUAUAUAGAAGUACUUGAUAUUCCUUUAGAUUUAAAAACACUAAAAUUUUAUAAUUUAGAAUUUACAAUUUACGAAGAAGGGUGUGAUAUUAGUCAUUUAGAAAUUAGAAAUCUUGCUAUUGGACCUAUCGGAUGUUUACCCAAAAAUAUUCCAACAACAGUUACAGAUUUAUAUUUACUUGAUGGUUUUGAUCAACCACUUAAUUUUAUACCACCCACUGUACAACACUUGUAUUUACAUAACAUCAAAUAUCAAUUAACACCUGAUUCAAUUCCAGCAACAGUUACAGAUUUAUAUUUACUUGAUGGCUUUAAUCAACCACUUAAUUUUAUACCACCCACUGUACAAUACUUGUAUUUUAAUAAUAUAAAGUAUCAAUUAACACCUGAUUCAAUUCCAGCAACAGUUUCACGUUUAUAUUUACUUGAUGGCUUUAAUCAAUCACUUAAUUUUAUACCACCCACCGUGAAAAACUUGUAUUUAAAUAAUAUUAAGUAUCAAUUAACACCUGAUUCAAUUCCAGCAACAGUUACACAUUUAUAUUUACUUGAUGGCUUUGAUCAAUCACUUAAUUUUAUACCACCCACCGUAGAGUUUUUGCAUUUAGAUAACAUCAAGUAUCAAUUAACACCUGAUUCAAUUCCAGCAACAGUUACACAUUUAUAUUUACAAGAUGGAUUUGAUCAACCACUUAAUUUUAUACCACCCACCGUGAAAUACUUGUAUAUAUUUAAUAUUAAGUAUCAAUUAACACCUGAUUCAAUUCCAGAAACAGUUUUACGUUUAUAUUUACAAGAUGGCUUUGAUCAACCACUUAAUUUUAUACCACCCACCGUAGAACACUUGUAUUUAAAAAACAUCAAGUAUCAAUUAACACCUGGUUCAAUUCCAGCAACAGUUAUACAUUUAUAUUUACUUGAUGGCUUUAAUCAAUCACUUAAUUUUAUACCCCCUACCGUAAAAUCGUUGUAUAUAAAUAACAUCAAGUAUAAACUAAUACCUGGCUCAAUUCCAAAUCAUUUAACUAAUCUUAUGUUUGAUCAUGGUUUCUCUCAACGUUUUACAAAAGGUAUUAUUCCUGGCUCCAUAACUUCAACUCUUAUGGGUGAUGUGGUCUAUCCUUUAGAACAUGACUCCAUUUCAAACCCCGAUCAAAAAAUUUCUUAUUUAACCCAAUACAAACAUCCAAAAAUAAAAUAA